AUGGCUGGAGAUUCAGCUCCACAUCCGACAGACCAGCAUCCACAAGUGGAAGCCGCCAUGGAUCUUCCAGUUGUGGUUGAUUCGAACGAUGAUGAAAUAGUCUCCCAUGAACUAGAGCAAAUGAGGAGUAUAUUGGAAGAGGCGAUUUUGGAAACGCGCAGCACCCCUCUCGAAAAUCGACCGCGACUUCCCCGCAUACCCCUAAGCAAGCGAAUUCGGGCUGUCGUGAGGGCUCUUAACCCAAUGCUGGUGACCUAUUUGGAAGCCAGCCAGGACCUUUGCGAGACGGACUCGAUUCUCUUUGGCGCCGCAGUGGCAGUUUUCCGUAUUAUUGGCGCCAAACUUCCCAUGACUGGACGCGCUACUACACAAAGUAGCGCCAUCCCAGCCUAG